GAUCUAAAAUGAGUCCUCCAAAUGUUUUAGUAACCGGAGGUGCGGGAUAUAUAGGCUCCCAUACAGUAUUGGAGAUGUUGAAUGCAGGUUACAACGUAAUUUGUAUAGAUAACUUGAGUAAUGCGUAUAGCUCAGGGUCGUCUAAACUACCGGAGUCAUUAAAUAGAGUUCAAAAAUUGACUGGGAAAACAUUAAUUUACUAUUGCAUAGACAUUACUGAUAGAGAUCAAGUUCGUUCUGUUUUUCAAGAGCACAAAAUUGAUAUGGUGGCUCAUUUUGCUGCGCUUAAAGCAGUUGGAGAAUCUUGCCGUAUACCGCUACAAUACUAUCAUAAUAAUAUGACGGGAACAAAUGUUCUCUUGGAAGCUAUGGCUGAUAACAAUGUGUUUAAAUUUGUGUAUAGCUCCAGUGCCACUGUUUAUGGUGAACCCAAAUUCUUGCCUGUAACGGAAGAACAUCCAACCGGCAAUUGUACAAGUCCCUACGGCAAAACAAAGUAUUUUACGGAAGAAAUUUUAAAGGAUCUAUGUAAAUCCGAUAAGCGUUGGGCAGUUAUGUCAUUACGUUACUUUAAUCCAGUUGGAGCACAUCCGAGUGGAUGUAUUGGCGAAGACCCCAACGGAGAGCCUAAUAACUUGAUGCCUUUUAUUGCUCAAGUGGCCGUCGGACGUCGGGAUGUUUUGAAAAUUUAUGGUUCUGAUUUUCCAACAAAAGAUGGAACCGGAGUACGCGAUUAUAUUCAUAUUGUAGAUCUCGCAGAAGGACAUUUAAGAGCUCUGGAAAAAUUACGAAAUGUAGCUGAGACUGGAUUUUUUGCAUAUAAUCUUGGCACUGGUGUUGGAUAUUCUGUUCUGGAAAUGGUACAUGCCUUUGAAGAGGCUAGUAAUCGAAAAAUUAACUAUGAAAUAACUGAUCGGCGAUCUGGUGAUGUGGCGACAUGUUUCGCCAAUGCUUCGCUGGCUGAAGCUUCUCUCGGUUGGAAAGCUAAACGCGGCAUCAUUGAAAUGUGUGCAGAUACUUGGCGUUGGCAGAGUAAUAAUCCUAACGGUUAUGCGUCAAAAUAAUUUAAUUUGUAUUUGGCAAUGAGUAACAUAAGUUCUUAACAUGAUUGUUUGAUAAUACAAAAUUUUUAAUAGUAAUUUCUAGUAUACAUAUAUGGUACAAUUUAACUUUCGACAAAGUCGAAAAAAAUUCUAAAAGUGUGAAACCUAAAUAAUAAAAUAGACAUAUGUUCUAUACAUAUGUUCAAAAAAAGUUAGAUUGAAAUUCCAAGAA